AUGGUUGAUGUUUCAGGCUAUGAAUUAAAUAUUGCCUAUUCUAGCAUUGGUAAUCACGCUAAAGCUGUUGAGUGUUAUCGGAAAGGCUUAGAGCUUGACCCAAGUAACGAGAAUUGUCAGCAAAAUCUAUCAAUUGCCGAAGAAAAAUUGAAGAAUUCAUCAGAUAAUACUCAGAGUUCAGGAUUAUUUAGUGGUUUUGACUUAAAUUCCUUUUUAAACAAUCCAAUGAUGCAGAAUAUGGCUCGGCAAUUCAUGAAUGACCCGAAUGCUCAAAAUAUGAUGACUAAUCUACUACGCAAUACAUUUGGAGUAUCAGACAAUCCAACUACAAAUAAUUCACCCCGUAAUACUGAGGCUGAUAAUUCCAACGAAUCAACAGAAUCUAGUUCACAAAGUCAUAAUCCUAGUGGUACUGGUCCUAGUACUAAUGGUCAAAGUAUGGAUGAAUUUUUACGCCUUGGUCAACAACUUGCUCAACAAUUGCAAGCAUCCAAUCCACAACUUGUUAAUCACUUACGUCAAACAUUUCAUACCAAUGUUAGUGGACAAAAUUCAAAUCCGGAAAACAGUACUAAUUCCAAUGAUCAUAACAAUACAAAUUCCAAAUAA